AUGGCAGCAACCAGCUUGAAGACGGAAGACAUUCCCCUUCCCGAAACCUUUGGCUCCAUCCCCCGAUACCCCCUCACUCUAGGACCAUCCCCCAUCCAUGCUCUUCCAAACAUAACCGCUGCCCUAGGGGGCAAGGUCGGUGUGUAUGCUAAGCGAGAAGACCUCAACUCGGCCCUCGCAUUUGGUGGCAACAAGACCCGCAAACUCGAGUAUCUGGUCCCCGACGCUCUCUCCCAGAAAUGCGACACAUUGGUCUCCAUCGGUGGAUACCAGUCGAAUCAUACUCGUCAGGUUGCUGCCGCUGCCGCCAAGUUGGGGUUGAAGUGCAAGCUUGUGCAAGAGAAAUGGGUGGAUCACGAGGACGUUGGGUAUGAUAAGGUGGGAAACAUCCAGUUGUCGAGACUUAUGAGCGCAGAUGUGAGGCUUGAUCAGUCAGGGUUUGGCAUUGAGCACAAGCAGACACUGAAAGGUUUGGAGGAGGAAGUCAUUGCCCAGGGAGGGAAACCUUAUUAUAUCCCCGCCGGAGCCUCAGAUCAUCCUCUGGGCGGUCUCGGUUUCGCCCGGUGGGCCUUCGAGGUGCACGCCCAAGAAGAGCAGCUGGGUCAGUUCUUCGACACGAUCAUCGUCUGUGCCGUCACCGGCUCCACGUUCGCGGGCAUGGUGGCCGGCUUCAAACUCCUUGAAAGCCUCCAUCCACGGCCUGACGAGAAGAAGAGAAAGAUCAUCGGCAUCGACGCCAGCGCAAAGCCCAAGGAGACAUUCGACCAAGUCUUGCGGAUUGCUCGACAGACCGCCUCCAAGAUCGGGCUGAACGAAUCAGACAUCGCCGUGAGCGACAUCAUUCUCGACACGCGGUACCACGCGGGCACGUACGGGUUAGCCGACGAAGCAACCCUCGAGGCGAUCCGGUUCGGGGCCAGGACAGAAGCGUUCAUCACGGAUCCCGUGUACGAGGGCAAGAGUCUCGCAGGCAUGAUUGACAUGAUCAGGAAGGGCGAGAUUGCGGCAGGAAGCAAUGUGCUCUACGCCCACUUGGGCGGUCAGUUGGCGCUGAAUGCGUAUUCGGAGAUUCAGUGA